GAGAAGGACAGCAACAACAUCCAGUAGACAUUGGGCCUCAGAAAGUGAAUUGGAAGAGGUGGCUGACGAAAUGGAUGCUAGAAGAAAACGCUGGAAGGAGAAUAUGUUUACUUCUGUUUUCAGUGCACAGGAUGUUCUAGAAGAGGCUUCUGAGCCUGAGUCGUCUUUUGAAGAAAUCACUGUAGAUAAGAUCAAGAGAAUGGAAGGAAUUUUUAACUUGUCCAGUAGAAAGUGUCAAAAAGAAAAGAAAUUUAAGAGGAAAGGAUGUAUUUCCCAACUAAAUGAAAAAGAACAAGAACCAAAUCUGAGAGAGAGAAAGAUAAACAUUUCAAAGAACGAAGCAGACGCAAAUUCUGCCUCUUGUGAAUCAUCUAACUUGGAUGUUGCAACCGAAGAAAGCUUUCACGGCACAAAAGAUCACUCUACCUGGAGCCCAAAGGAAUUACCUUCUCUACCCAGACCAAACACAAGGAAGAAACUUACCGGAGGAAUGUCUCCAAAACUUCGCCUGAACCUUUUGAAUGAAGAACUGGAAGAACUUAAUAUGAAAUGCAGAAAAAUAGAAGAGGAAUUUGAAAAUGCCGAAAAAGAACUUUUGAACUCUAAAAAAGAAGUCCUCACAAAACCCCUAAAUUUUCAAGAAACAAGCAUGGAUACUUCGAAGAAGGACUGGGAACUUCAAGCUUUGAGAAAUGACCUAUCUGAAAAAGCAACAAAUGUAAAAACAUUGACUGAAGAGCUGCAGCAAGCCAAGGAAAUCAUCCACAAGUUGACCCUAGAGAAUCAAGAUUUAAAAGAAGCUGUUAGGAAGUUAAAGCGUCAAAUUGAACUUGGAAAUGCACUCCUAAAAGAAGAAAUGAAGUUGUAUUAUGAAUUGGAAAUGGAAAAGAUCCAUGGAGAACUCAAUGCCAUCAAGAAUGAACUGAGAGCUGAGAAGGCCCUGCAGGCAAGAAAUAACAGAGCCCUGGAGUUGCUUAGGAAACACUUUGCAUCAGUGGUGACACCAUCAGGCACCCUUGAUCCCUUUAGUGGGGAUUUCUUUUAA